CUUUCCCUCGGCGCAGCCUGUUGACGUCAUCUGAGCGCGCUGAUUGCCUGACGCCGCCUCGCCCACAGUCUACAUGGUCGACCGAAGGAGAGCUUUGAGUGAUGGCGGAGCAGAAAGCCCCAGAACCCCUGGAAAUCGAGAACAGGAUCAUUGAGCUUUGCCAUCAGUUUCCUCAUGGAAUUACAGACCAGGUGAUUCAGAAUGAUAUGCCUCACAUGGAAGCUCAGCAACGAGCCAUGGCCAUUAACAGACUGCUCUCUAUGGGGCAGCUGGAUCUCCUCAGGAGUAGCAGUGGCCUCCUCUAUAGAAUUAAGGAAUCGCAGAAUGCUGGUAAAAUGAAAGGAUCUGACAAUCAGGAGAAAUUGGUGUAUCAAAUUAUAGAAGAUGCAGGAAACAAAGGUAUUUGGACCAGGGACAUUAGAUAUAAAAGCAACCUACCCUUAACUGAAAUCAACAAGAUCUUGAAGAACCUGGAAAGCAAGAAACUUAUAAAAGCAGUGAAAUCUGUUGCGGCUUCCAAGAAGAAAGUGUAUAUGUUGUACAACCUUCAACCUGAUCGUUCUGUGACAGGAGGUGCUUGGUAUAGUGACCAGGAUUUUGAAUCUGAAUUUGUAGAGGUGCUCAACCAGCAAUGUUUUAAGUUUCUACAGACCAAGGCUGAAGCUGCUCGAGAUAGCAAACAGAACCCUAUGAUACAGAGAAACAGUUCAUUUGCAUCUUCUCAUGAAGUGUGGAAAUACAUCAGUGAGUUAGGUGUCAGUAAGGUGGAAUUAUCGAUGGAGGACAUUGAAACCAUUCUGAAUACAUUAAUAUAUGAUGGGAAAGUGGAAAUGACUAUCAUUGCUGCUAAAGAAGCCACAGCUGGCAGUGUGGAUGGGCGUAUGAAACUGUACAGAGCUGUCAAUCCAAUCAUACAACCCACUGGCUUAAUUCGGGUGCCUUGUGGGCUUUGUCCGGUUUUUGACGACUGCCACGAAGGUGGUGAGAUAUCGCCAUCAAACUGUAUUUAUAUGACCGAAUGGCUACAAUUCUAGCAGUCAAAUGUGAAUCAGCGGUUGUGAGAGUUUUUUUUAUAACCAAAGUUGACUAUUUAAUUUUGUUAACUAUUUAAUUUUGGACCCUUUUUAUUGAGCCUGGAGUAUUUUUGAAAAAGCUCGAUCACUUUUGGCGGAGUACUGUUUUGACACAUGCUAAGACAGGAUGUACAGACUAUGUGCUCGAUAUUUGGUGUCACUGUGGCCCAGUAAGGAAUUGUGUAAUUUGUAGCCCCAAAGCAUCUGGAGGGGAAAGAUUCCUCACUCUUGUCCACGCUGCAAGAGGAAGCUCUGAAAUGUUCCUUGUAUUAAGCCUAAAUAGGCAUAAUUAAAUAUGGUUAUAUAUAGCUGCUGGAAAGACGAAUUCUGCUUUGAGGGGAUUCGUUUGAGCUUUGGUAAAAUAAAGGGAUUUGUUGCAGUUGAGUCACAGAGUUAUCUUUAUGAUCAUAAUGUCAUAAAGGUAAGCUGCCCCAAGUCCCUUUUGGGAGAUGGUGGUGGGAUAUAAAUAAAAUAAUAAUAAUGAUAAUAAUAACUUUUAAAAAGACAGCCCAGUUUAGGAGCUGAAAAUCACUGUUACCAAAACCACUCAGAUGUUCUGUGCUAGUCUCAUUAACAGUAUCUAUGUCUUGGGACAUAGAUUUUAUUAUGAGGCAUGCAAAAAUAUUACUGUGUUCUUUAGGUGGGAGCAAGAUUUGAAGUCUCUUGGUCAGUAGAAAGUUUAAUGUGAUAAAAGGCAGACGGUUCAGCCAGAUGUUUCUUGAGGUCCCUUCCCAGGCCCCAUCUACACUGUCAUAUAAAAUCCGGAUUAUCUGCUUUGAACUGGAUUAGAUGGCAGUGUUUACUCAUAUAAUCCAAUUCAAAGUGGAUAAUGUGGAUUAUCUGCUUUGAUAAUCUGGAUUGUAUGGCAAUGUAGAUCAAGCUUCAGUUGUUCAAACCUUGUGAAAUGCCUGUAAUGCCAAUUUUUAAAUUCUGCUGAAAUUUUUUUCUUGAAAUUGUUUAUUUUAAUAUGAAGAAGCCAACUUGAUGCACAUUUGACAUUUCCCAACAGAGAGAUCUUUAAUGAGAGAUUAGAAAAAUCAUGAAAGAUACUAUAGUAGAGUCUCACUUAUCCAACAUAAACGGGCUGGCAGAAUGUUGGAUAAGCGAAUAUGUUGGAUAAUAAGGAGAGAGUAAGAAAAUGCCUAUUAAACAUCAAAAUAGGUUAUGAUUUUACAAAUUAAGCACCAAAACAUCAUGUUAGACAACAAAUUUGGCAGAAAAAGUAGUUCAAUACGCAGUAAUGCUAUGUACUAAUUACUGUAUUUAUGAAUUUAGCACCAAAAUAUCACGAUAUAUUGAAAACAUUGACUACAAAAAUACGUUGGAUAAUCCAGAACGUUGGAUAAGCGAGUGUUGGAUAAGUGAGACUCUACUUUAUAUGCAAGAUCAAAGUUAUCAUUCCUCUGGAUAUCAGUCAUUGGAGCGAAGAAGAGAAGAGAGUAGUUGCAGCCAUGUCUCUUAACUUUUUUGUAUGCAGUGGACUUGCUCCGUCAGUUCUGUUUCCUCCUUUGUAUUCAAAGCAUGUGCUACAAAACAAUGUGAAAUAAGAAAUUGAUUUAGAAAAAUUGUGCACUUUCAAGAUGAAAAUGUCUGAACUUCUCCAGAAUAACAAACAAUUUGAGACCAUAACAUUCAUAGACUUCUCUCUGAUCCUUGGCUGACAGUGUAUAGUCAAAACAAAACAAAAUAGUCAGAAGGGGACAGGUUUUUAAAAUCUUGUGAGAAGAGACUUGAGAAUAUUCUACAAGUGGCUUCUGGUGUGAGAGAGUUGGAUGUCUGCAAGGACAUUGCCCAGAGGACGCCUGAUGUGUUACCAUGCUGUGAGAGGCUUCUCUCAUGUCCCUGCAUGGGGAGCUGGGGCUGACAGAUGGGAGCUCAUCCCGUCUUGUGGAUUUGAACUACCGACCUUCAGGUCUUCAGGUCAGCAAUUCAUCCGAAACAAGGGUUUAACCCAUUGUGCUACCAGGGCUUCAGAAAGGGACAGUGACCGCAGCAGUUGAUCCUCUGAGGCUGGGGAAGGAGUACAAGAACCAAAGAAGCUACAAAAGCAGUACAUGUAACAAGGUUGUCACUCUCUGGAAAGAAACAAAAAUGGAAAUUACUUGAUAGGCAGGGAUACUGGUAUGAAGAUUUACUCAAAUGGUGGAUUUAUUGAGUUGCAACUUCUGGAAAAUAUUCUACACUAGCAGCUGGAUGAGAGAAGUCAGAUGUAAUACAAGUGUAAUGUAAUGAAGUACACAGUAUAUAAUAUGUAGCAUUACUCGUUCAUUGAAAGUAACAUGGGCAUAUUUUUGGAGUGGUUGAGUUGUGUAUUCCUGGAGGGGAUGGGCGGGUUGGUUCUUGUGGCCCCUAAAAACGCUUAAGAUUCUAUUUUUUUUUAAAUAAAAUAUUUGGUUGGAAAAUA